AUGCCGAGCUUAGGAGGUCUCUUGAAGAAGCGGCGAACGAAGGAUUCUCAAACCCUCGCGUCGGAGCUGCCUGUAUCCUCCGAACCCAACCACUCUACUGUCCCCGAUUCCCACUCCCACGAUUCCUCCGAAGGCGCCUCCAUGCAACCCGCCGGGAGCUCACAAGAACCUCCGCAGCAGUCCAACAAUGCCGCCAGCAUUAACAACCUCAUAAAUACCCCGGCCAAUGCCUCUGAGGCCCACGGCUCUGCCCAUCAUUCAAAUGCUGGGCAAGCUCACGCCCAGCAGGCCCACCAGCAGCAGCCGCUGAAACAAGAGCGCACGACCAAGGGCAAGUACUCUCAAGAGGACUUCCUGCUGCAGCGUACUCUCGGUACCGGUAGCUUCGGUCGGGUUCAUCUCGUACAAUCUAAACACAAUCAUCGCUUCUAUGCGAUGAAAGUGCUCAAGAAGGCCCAGGUGGUCAAGAUGAAACAGAUCGAGCACACCAACGACGAGCGCCGAAUGCUCAACCGUGUCCGGCAUCCGUUCCUGGUCACCCUCUGGGGAACCUGGCAGGACUCGCGAAACCUGUACAUGGUGAUGGACUUUGUCGAGGGUGGUGAGCUAUUCAGUUUGCUGCGGAAAUCACAACGAUUCCCCAAUCCAGUUGCUAAAUUCUAUGCGGCGGAAGUCACGCUGGCUUUGGAGUACUUGCACUCCCAUCAAAUCAUCUAUCGUGACCUGAAGCCGGAGAAUCUCUUGCUGGACCGUCAUGGUCAUUUGAAGAUUACCGACUUUGGCUUCGCGAAAGAUGUGCCCGAUAUUACCUGGACGCUGUGCGGUACUCCCGACUAUCUAGCCCCCGAGGUAGUCUCCUCCAAGGGUUAUAACAAAUCCGUCGACUGGUGGUCAUUGGGAAUUCUUAUCUUCGAGAUGUUGUGUGGAUUCACUCCAUUCUGGGAUAGCGGGUCCCCAGUGAAGAUCUACGAGAAUAUCUUGCGCGGCAAGGUCAAGUAUCCGCCGUACCUGCACGACGACGCCGUCGACCUGCUGUCACGGUUGAUUACUGCCGAUUUGACCAAGCGUCUGGGUAACCUGCACGGGGGCCCUGAGGAUGUCAAGAACCAUGCGUGGUUUGCCGAGGUCACUUGGGACCGACUGGCUCGUAAAGAUAUCGAUGCACCCUAUAUCCCGCCCAUUCGAGGUGGCCAAGGUGAUGCAAGCCAAUACGAUAAAUAUCCCGAAGAGACAGAGCACUACGGCAUUGAGGGUGAAGAUGCCUACGGCCAUCUCUUCCCCGAUUUCUAA